CCCCAUCCGGGCUCUGCCUGGCCGUCCCCCUCAGCAGCCUGCCGCCUUGUGCACGCGCUCGGUGCCGAGCCCCGGUGCACGCCGGCACGAGAUGUGCCGGGAGGGCGCAGCGUGGCCUGCGGGUGCGGCCCGCGGCACGAGGUCGCCCGCGCCCACCGGCGGCGCCGCCGAGCCCGGGGCCGCGGGCGGGCCAGACGCCCUGGCCUUCAUAGACGCCCUGGCCUCGGGCGCAGGCACGGGCGCGAGCGGCGCGGGCGUGCUGGGCUCGGAGGCCAGCCCGGAGCCAGGCGGGGCGGGCGCUGCGGCCCUGGAGCGGAGGUACGAGGAGCUGGGCGUCAUCUGGUGGUGGCAGCUUCGGUACCGUCUUCCUGUGCAGGGAUCGCGGCACCAACGAGCGCGUGGCGCUCAAGCGGAUCAGGCCCGACGGGGCUCAGAGCGACGGCGUGCCGGCGUUCGUGCUCCGGGAGGUCUCGCUGCUGCGGGGCCUGGUCCACCCCAACAUCGUGCAGCUCAAGGACUUCCAGGUCACGCAGGUCGGUGAGUACGAGCUGGUCUUCGAGUACGUCCGUGACGACCUCCACGGAGUCCUGCGGGGCCACCAGCUGGCGGGCACCAAGCUGCCCAUGGCGAGCGUCCUCCAGCAUUUUUCUGACCUGCUCAGUGGGAUCCAUGCUUGCCACGUGCGCCUCGUCAUUCACCGCGAUCUCAAGCCGCAGAACCUCCUCAUCCACCCCGUGGACGGCCUCAAGAUCUGCGAUUUUGGCUCCGCGCGCACCUUGUCGUUCCCCAUCCAGAAGUACACCCAAGAAGUCAUCACCCUGUGGUACCGUGGUCCAGAGCUGCUGCUGGGACAUCCCCUAUACGGCCCUGAGGUGGACCUUUGGUCUGCCGGGUGCAUCCUCGCUGAGAUGGCCACCAGCCAGCCGACGUUCCCGGGAGACUCCGACAUAGGCACAUUUUUCAGGAUCAUGCAGCUGCUGGGCUCCCCCACGGAAGAGACAUGGCCAGGCUUCGAGCAGUGCCUCGCGCACUGGAGCCCCCAUUUCCCGAAGUGGCAGCCCACCAACCUCGAACCGAUCUACGAGAAGCGCCCAGAGCUCGGCGAGUCCGGGAUGGACCUGAUCCGGGCGCUGCUGCCGUGAACCCCGCCCGCCGCCCCACGGCCCGCCGGGCCAGGGCCCACGCCUGCCUAGCCGGGGGCCCGCCCCCCCGCGCCGCGUGCGGCAGCCGUGCGCCGAGCCGGGCCGCACCGAAGUGAGAGCCGGGGCUCGUCGGGCCGAAGGGAGGUCUGCAUGCACGCAAU